CUCCGCUCGCUCUCUCGCUCGCUCCGUCUUUCCUGCCACUGCAGGUUGUUAUGGAAAUUUCUUCAAAGUCGAUCUAGUUCUUUUUCAACCAAGAGGAUUUGACGAAGGAAGCAGGAAGACAUUGGAGCUUGUUGUCUUUUGAGUUUUUCCUCUCUCUCAUACCCACUCAUUGAUUCUGAGAGCUGCAGCCACACAAGCUAUUCUACUACAGCGGACUUAAUCAAGUUGAUGCAUACUGCAGGUUAUGAGGACGGCAGGAUGGAGUUCCCAGACCACAGCAGACAUUUGCUCCAGUGUCUGAGUGAGCAGAGACACCAGGGCUUCCUGUGCGACUCGACGGUCCUGGUAGGCGAUGCCCAGUUCCGUGCUCACCGCGCUGUGCUGGCGUCCUGCAGCAUGUACUUCCACCUCUUCUACAAGGACCAGCUGGACAAGAGGGACGUGGUCCACCUCAACAGCGACAUCGUAACCGCUCCGGCCUUUGCCCUGCUACUGGAGUUCAUGUAUGAGGGCAAGCUGCAGUUCAAGGCCCUGCCAGUAGAGGACGUGCUGGCGGCCGCCAGCUACCUGCACAUGUACGACAUCGUCAAGGUGUGCAAGAAGAAGCUGAAGCAGAAGGGCACCGCGGAGGCCGACAGCACGCGACGCGAAGAGGACAACGCCUCCUCCUGCUCCGACAAGGCCGAGAGUCUAUCGGAGGCCACCGCCGACCUUUUGCCCAGCGAUGACGACGACCUGGAGGCCAAGCGGGAAGCCAGCACCCCCCUGUGGAUGCGGCUGCCUUCGGACCGCGCGGGCACCCCGGCCGCGGCCUCCAGCCCCACAGAGGCCCAGCCCCAGGGCAGCGAGGCCAGGAAGCUGCGUUCCCCGGCAGGAAGCCCCAGCAGCUCCACCGGCUCCCUCCGCUCGCACAGGUCGCUCGGCUCCUCACGCCGGGUGUCGGCCGACGCCGACUGCGUCCUCGACCUGUCGGUGAAGCCCGUCGCCGCCGGUAACCCGUACCUGAGCGGCGUCGGCGCGUCGACACCUGACCGCCUGCAGGGCGGACUGGUGCAGGUGAAGGUGGAGAGGAACGCGGGGUCGGAUGAGGAGGAGCUGGGAGGCGGAGACUACCACAUGGACCACAGCGGCGCCAAGGGCACGACGCCCAGCACCAACGGAGGACUGAAUCACCACGGCGUGGGGGUGGGUCUGACGGCCCAACGACGUCUGGGCCUGGAGGCCCACCUGUCGGCGUUGCGAGAGGCCUCGCUGGCCGGGGAGCUGGACCGGGAGGACAAGGCCAGCGAGGAGGACGACAUGCUGGGCACGGAGAGUGAGCGCGCCCAGGCCGAGGCAGCCAGCAUGGACAGCUCCCUGCUCCCCUACGUCUCCAACAUGCUCAGCGCCCCCCACACCCAGAUCUUCAUGUGUCCGCUGUGCAACAAGGUGUUUCCCAGCCCCCACAUCCUGCAGAUCCACCUCAGCAGCCACUUCCGCGAGCAGGAGGGCGUGAGGGCCAAGCCCGCCGGCGACGUCAACGUGCCCACCUGCUCCAUCUGCGGGAAGACCUUCUCCUGCAUGUACACGCUGAAGCGCCACGAGAGGACUCACUCCGGGGAGAAGCCCUACACCUGCACCACCUGCGGGAAGAGCUUCCAGUACUCCCACAACCUGAGCCGCCACGCCGUGGUGCACACGCGCGAGAAGCCGCACGCCUGCAAGUGGUGCGAGAGACGCUUCACGCAGUCCGGGGACCUCUACCGCCACAUCCGCAAGUUCCACUGCGAACUGGUCAACUCGCUCUCGGUGAAGAGUGAAUCUCUGAGCCUGCCCAGAGACUGGGCGAUAGAGGACAGCUCCCAGGAACUGUGGAAGUAGAGAGGGGUGAGCUGGGGUGGGGAGGUCUGGCCCGGGGGCGGAGGAUGGAGGGAUGGAGCGGAAGGAGGGGAAGAAGAGGAUAUCUGGGGUCUGAAUCAGUCAUGUUUCUUGUACUUACUAUGUUGCAAAUCUUGUUAAAUUGCACUUUAAUAGCACAUGAAAAUGUUACUACUGAUUUUAUCUGGUCCUUAGAUUUAUUUUAUUUAGUUUUAUUCUAUUCUAUUUGGUUUAUUCUAUUCUAUUUUAUUUGUCAGGUUUUCAUUUUGAUGAAAAAAAACUUUGGGUGCUGGUAGCAGUAGCCAGUAGUUCAGUUUAGUUCUCCGCCUGCAUACCAUACCCAGAAGUCUAUACACUCCUCGAUGGAAGCCAGGCAGAGCUUCAUAGACAACCAUAUGAAGUGUUCAGGUAACACACUGAGGUGACCAACUAUUGGAUCACACUAAACGGGUACUGUGAUCAUGAACAUUCUCAGUACAUGUGCGUAUGAGGAUGUGUGUGUGCACUACUGCUAAUUUCAACAGAUUUGCGUGUGUUUGUGCGAGUUUGCGUGCAUAUGCGUGCAUGUGUGUUGUUUUCUGUUUUUGUAAACGAUCUCUGCGUAGAGGUGAGCUCUGGGCGCUCUGAGCUGCGCCUCGUUAAGCUCUUUGACUUGAUGGGAAACUUGACUGAUGAAAGACGAUCGGCCCUCAUGCAAUGUACAGCUUCCCUUUUUUCAACUACUUUUGAAGUAUUUUCUAAAAUCCUUUAUGAAUGAUUAAUAUAGACAUUUUCUUAAAGCAAGCUGCAGUCUUUCGACAUCCUUGUUGAAAAAUUCACAUUUAUUUGAAGUUGAUAUGUAAGAUAUAGUUUACCGUAAUUAAAAUUAUGGAUUUAUUUUGGAAAAAAUGGGAUCUGUUGUUGCAUGAAGUCCAACUUGUAUAUUUGAAAUGUGAAUUGCUGUAUUACUGUACACUGUAAUUGAUCAAAUAUAUAACAGACUAUGUGAAUACUCAAGGGUGCAGUCUGUUGAAAAACUGAAUUUUACAGCUAUGAAAAAUGCAUGAAUAUGAUUUGUCUCACAUUUUUGUUGUUGUUUUGCAUUGGGGGUGGUGCAUAUUUGAAUGAAUUCAUUCGAUUCAUGGGUGGGAUUUUUUUUUCUGCUCCUGUGAGUGUUCGUAUGGACUCCUGUGGAAUGUUCUGUGGGUAGUGAAGGAGGCGUUUGUGUAAAUGCACUGAUCUCUGGGUUCAGCUGGUAAGAUGACCGUGCAGAGGAAGGAUAAGGUGGUGGUUUGGAAGAGGUGAAAAGCAACUGACUAAACGACUACUAAACAACUCUUCUGAGAAUCUCCGUCCUAUCAGAACCUAUUUUCUUCUCCUUUAUCCUCCCAAGGAGUUUAGGUGCCCCACUGCUGUGACUGGCUCCCACUUACAGGUGGGGUUUUAUUUAUUUAUAUUUCAAUUGGGCACUUGUUUCUGCGUGGCACUGUCCGGGUGCCAGUGUGUCUGCAUGACACUGCUGGCUCUUUGGUGUUAAAGGAAGUGAAAGGAGGUUUUUCCCUAUUUUAAGUGGUUAUGGUCAUCUGACGUCUCAGUAUGUCUGUGUGUUUAGUGGUUUGCUAAAACUGAGAAGACAAACAACUGCUGUAGCACGGUUUCUCUUUCUUUCUGUGUGUGUGUGUGUGUGUGUCUAUGUCCCUAACUCUCUCUCUCUCCCCCCUAACCCUCUCUGUGUGUGUCUCUCUGUUUCACUGACUUGCUCUCCCACAGACAUCCUGACCUGAUCCUUGCUGAGCUUGUUUGACCUGAGUGUUUGGGUGGAUCUGUGCGAGCAUGUGUGUUUUCUACUGAAGGCGUAAUCCUUUUGACGGGGAAGAAUUGGCAUGCUUGAUUGCACCUUUAAAGCUUAAUGAAAUGAGUUUUUUGCUUCAAAGAUGCCUUUAUAAAAAUUAUAGGAGAAAUUGAUUUAAAGGAACGGUUGAUGGUAUAACAUUCGUGAAGAAACGUAUUCAAUCAUAACUUUAUUGAAUCUAUUGAAAUGAAAUUAUCUUCUAUCAUAUUUUCAUGUGAUUGAAUAUGUGACUUUUUUGUAUUUGAAUGUGUGAUCAAGGGGGAGGUAAAUUUAUUUGGGGUUUUCAAUUUAUUUGUAUUUAUUUUUUACCUCUUAAAAUGGAGUUACAUUUAGUAAAUGUUCUGUGUGGGAAAAUUAAUUAGAAAUGCACAUGUUGUGAGAGCUGUUAAACAAAGGAUGAAUACUAAACUUUCCCUAAAACUCAGUCGGUAAUGGGAGUUUCUCUGUGGCUAGGGGGUUUAUCCCCAAAGCAUUGGGGGUGGGGGCUGGGGGUGAGGGUGGGGGUAGGAUUGGUGGCUUGGUGGGCAGGAUGACAUCCUCAUCAGCUGGUGAGAAGCGUUUGUCAUGCCAAGCAAGCUUUGUGUCAUUAUGGCAUUUUGCACCCUCGGUAACCAACCAAUCUCUCUUCAACCAUCAGAUUUUAACUUCAUCAUGUGGGACUAAUUCCUCUGUUCUAUAUCACAAUUAUUGCUGGCUUUGUUAUUUUUUUUUCUUUUUUAAAUUAUAAUUAUUGUACUUGACCGCCUUAAACUACUGUAUACAGCUCAUUGUAACUGGAACACUGAGAGUGUCUGUAACCCGAUGGACUGUUUAUUUCAACUGCAGAGGAAGCUGUGAAACGCCCUGUCUUUAAGCAUCUCCAUUUACAUAGAUAUAUGUGUGCUUACUUGAACACAGGAUGGAUUUAGUGGGUAUGGGGGAAAACAUUCAAAUGUCCAAGACUAUAUAUGGCGGGAGGGAAGCAGGAAAAAGAAAAGAGAUGAAUCUGUUGAAAAGGACAAUCACUGUCUGAAAGAAAGCAGAUUUUGAUUCAACUAUGUUUGCUUCCCUGAUUUAAGAUUUGUUCUUUUUAUGGAUUUAGACAUUUAGCUUUGACAAUCAUAGUAUGUUUUAUUUUCUCGAGGGGAGUAAAUUCUACGGCUGUUUAGUUUUGUACUUUUUUGGUGUGCUGUUGUUGACAUUUUUUAAUUGUGUGCAAACUGCAAUAAAUUAUAAGAACCUUGAAAUUCAA